AACCGUCAAACUCACUUCUGCUCUUGUUUUCAAAAAGUUUGUUAUUAUUUGUUUGUGUGAUUCGUGUAACAAAAAACUUUGACAACGAUUAUAACCAUGUGUAAAUAUUGAAUAAAAUAAAGUUGAAAUAUAUUUACAAACCUUAUUGGCGCUAUACAGCUGAGUAACAAUGCAUAGAUCAAAAAUACCGUCUCCCGCUCGCUCUGAGGGUGCGAAAGUAACCCCAAGGAGGCAUCGAUUUAGAUCAUCACGGAGCGUGUCGUCACCCGCUCGUUCAGAUGUUUCAGUCAAACUAUCGUCCAUUGUACAAAUGCAUGCAAUGCAGUCACCUUUACUAUCACCCCUCAAGACUCGGAGAUCUGUGUUAUCCGAUAACACUGAUAUUGAAGUGCCCGGACGCCAAAGCUGGUGGAAAAGAUUAGAGGAAAACUCGAGAGAUGUAAUGGAGGUAUUUGAAAGCAAAACAACGGAGCAAAUGGAAAAUAUAGAUGAAUACAUUGAAGCUGAUUUUAAAAGUCAAGAGAAUAACUACACACUGGACUUGCCAGAAAGCAGUGAUGGCGAGUCAAUUAAUAGUAUAGUUCUGCCUCAAAGAAAGUUUUUUAGUCAAAAGCAAACUCAAUCAAAUAAAUUGUUUAAUAAAAUUAUAGAAAAUAGAGAAAACUUAACACAUCGUAAAAGUAAAGCUAACACCGAUAAUACAAUAUUUGUUGGUAAAAAGAAUUUCUUUAAUAAAGACACAGAAGUAAGAAGAAGUAGACCAGCUUUCCCACCAGGGCUGCUAAACAUGACAGACAAGACUUUAAUAAAUAAAACUCACGAUAUCACAAAGCAUGAACAAGUUCGGAAUCUUUUAGGUAACCGUGCAGGUACAAAACGCAAAAACAUGUUUGCUGAUUUCAUUAUGUCAGAAAGUGAAGAUGAAAUCCCUGAUAUUCAACCAAAUGUGUUUGGAUUUGCAAAAAGCAAACAGCCACAACGUAAAAUUUCUUUACAAGGCACCCGUAACACUUCACCAAGAUCCAAUGAAACUGAUCUGGAAUUUGAUGAUUGGCAACAUUUACCAUCAUCGACAAUGGUCGACAAUGAGUUUGGUAAUACAGAAAGUUCUCCAUUAAAAAGACCAAGAUUGAGUAAGCCUGAUAGUGUUAUAGAAGAAGUACGAGGAAAUGUUAGAAAUAAACUUGACAAAACUAAGCUAACACUGAUUAUGUCUCAUGGUUUGGAAGAUGAUAAUGAAUUUGAAGAAUCUGAUAAAAAGCGAGAUCCCAAAAAUACGCAUGAAAAAACACUUACACAAAUACCUGAAACAGAUACUGCAAGACCAUUCAUAGCAGAAAUAAUCGAAGUUGAAAGUGAUGAUGAGCACAAUUUUACUUUAAGGUAUGAUAAUGAUGAUAAAAAUAUGCAAGAUGAUGAAAUGGACGUAACUGUAAAAGAGCUUGAAAAAGACAAUUCGAACAGUAAUAAAAAUAAUAUCAACAAAACAGUAACUGCUACAGACAAAGAAUUAAAGUCUCCAAGAUCACUGAAGGAUAAUGUGCCAAAUGCUAAUAAAAGUGUUAUAGUUGAAGAACAAGAACAAAACAAAAAUAUCUCCUGGAAAGUACUGAAAACACAUAAAGAACAACAUGCUGCGAUUAUUACUAGAGAAGAUCUAGUUGAAAAAGAUGUGAACAAAACCAUGAACACUUCAAUAUCGGCGUCAAAUAAUAAAGACGCUUGUGAUGAAAUAGACAACCCGGAAAUAAACAUUGAAAGGGGAAACAGUAAUAUUAACAAAGAAAAAACUAAUUCCGAAACAGAAGUAAUCAAAAACCCAUCUAAUGAUAUUCCACAAAAGAAUGCUGCAAUAAUUGAAAGAAUACAAAAAGAUGAUGUUAUGCAAAAAGAAAAAUCUAAAAAUAGAGAAGAUAAAUUUAACCAAGUUGAAGCUCAGCAAGAAAGAAAUAGUAUUGAAAAUAUCAAUGAAGAAAUCCAAAAAUUUGUAGAUGAGAACAUGACAGUGGAUGGUAAUAUCAACAAUUCUGGUAGAGAUUUAAAUAAAGUUAGAGAAGAAGAAAAUCACAAUGUAAAUAAUAAGGAGGAUACAGAAUCUUGUAUAGAAACAACACACAUUCAUAUUAAUGAUGAAACAGAUAAGAACAACCAUCAUGUAGCAAAUCCUAAAUUAAAUGAAAGUAAGGAAGAAACUGUUAAAAAAACUCCAAUUUCUACGAUGCAAGAGAAAACUAACACAAGGUUCGAAGAAAAUCCAGGAGCUGUUGAGGAACUACAAGAGCAAAAUGACAAUUUGAAUGAAAACACGGAAAUGAAUAAAGUAGUGAACGAAAGUAAUAAAGAAACUCGAAAAGUCGCAAUACCUUCUGUGGAUGCGAACAUCAAACAAGCAGAUGGGGACGACAAUAAUGAAAAUUCAGAAGUAGAUGAAGAACAUAAUCCGGAACAUAGUAAAACUACAAAUAAAAGUCUUAAUUCAGUAAAGCAAGCAUCUUCAAAUGAAAAUAUACUGACAGACGAUGAAGAUAGUAAACACAAUGAUGAAGAGAAUAUCACGGAAGAUAAUGAAACUACAAAUAAAAGUCAUGAAGAAUCAAAUAAAAUGACAUCUGUUGAUGAAAAUAAUAUAACAGAUGACGAAGACAAUGAAGAAGAAAAUCAAGUUGACGACGAAGACAAUGCGGAAGUAACUGAAGAACAAAAUGAGACAAAUGAUGAAAAUGAUAAACAGGCUGGAGAAUCCUCAAUGGAUGCGAAUAUCGAGUCCGAUGAUGGUGAAAAUCCUGAAGACAGUGAUGCAGAAGAUAAUGAUGAAAACGACGCCGAAGAAAAUGAAAUAACAGAGGAGAAUGAUGAAGAAAUGGAUAGUGAACACGAAAUAUCUUCUAUAAAUAAGAGUAUUGAAAUGGAAAAUGAAGAAAUUGAUGCAAACAACGAAGAAGAUAAUGCAGAAGAGAAUGAAGUGGAAAAUGAAAGUGAUGAAGGAAUCAGUGAUCGAAUUGGAAUGCCUUCUAUGAAUAUUGAAACAGAUGAUGAAGACAAUAAUGAAGAAAUAAACAAUGAUAGCAAUGCAAAAACUGAUAACCAAGUAACAUUUUCAAAAGGUCGAAUAUAUCUAACUAAUGUAACUGGGGAGUCAACGCACUCUUACGCUGAGGAAGCAGCAGACUCCGACCCUGAAGAUGCGCAGACGCGGCAGCUGGCGCUGGAGCAAUAUCUUAUGAAGAUCAAAAAUGAUAAUAUUGAGAAGAGACGGAAAAUGUUAGAAGAGGUCAGAAAUUCACUAAAGACAAGAUCAAGGGAGCCUUUUAACAAUUUCAAAGCUCCCGCUCGGCCUAGACCAAGAACUCAGCAACGUUCCGAUGUACCUCAACAGACGAAGACCAAUAAGAAAACAUCUCUACUGAAUGUAGAAAACUUACCACCAGAAUUGUUAGACGAUAUGAGAUACAAACCUCCACGUAGAUAUCAGCCCAAAAGUGCUGCCUGGAUCACAAAGAAACUUUAUAAAUAUCUUGAAACUAAACUAGAACCCAAAUAUGACUACAAGGCUCGUGUGAAAGCGGAGAAGAUAACAGAGGCGCUAUACGAGUUCAGUAAAGAGAUACGUCGGCAGCGUGUGGCCGCUCCUCACACUGUCGACGUCAUCAAGCUGCAGCUGGCGCGCGCAGGUCUCGUCACAACGCACUACGACUUCUACAUGUUCAUACACGAGUUCAUGCCCAGAGAGAUACGGGUUAAGGUUGUACCCGAUGUGGUGAAUGGAAUACCCUUACCAAGACAGGGUGUGUUCUCUAAUAUUGUUUGAUACAAAAUUAAUUGUUUCUGUAAGAUUUA